CAAGUCAACGAUAAGAAAGACUUCGCCAAAGCUUCCUUAGCAAACUUGUUUUUUUAUUAUCUUCCAUGACAAUCUUUCAUCAUAAAAAGACACCUUAUAAAUACCUCAUCUUCAUGAUUCUCAAACCACUACAAAAAUGGUGAACACUAGAGGCAAAAUCAGGAAAGCCCAACACACUCGUAAAAUCUGCUUCUCGGAGGCUUCUGUGGCGGAUAACGAUCAAGAAAUGACUCGGUCUGGAGCUUUGAUCGGUUCCAAUGAUGACCUUAUAACUGACAUCUUUCGCCGACUCCCUGUUACCUCUAUCCUAAGAUUCAAAUCUGUCUCUAAACGCUUACUGUCACUUUUGAGUCACCGCCGUUUCACUGUCCCAUAUGACAACAUUUCCAUCUCUCCUGGUAUUUUUAUACGCAAUUUGUAUAUGCCAUUUGAUGUUGAAAGCCAAAAAACUCCUCCUUUCCGUCGUCUUGAUUUCUAUCCUGAUCUUAAGGGUAUCAGAAUUGUGCAAUCUUGUAACGGGCUACUCCUUUGCUGUAGUGAUCUUGGAAAUGAACGUGCUCGUAAAUAUUAUGUGUUUAAUCCCACCACCAAACAAUUUGCUAUCAUCCCAUCUGUCCCAGGAGGCAGGGAUGUUCGUAGGAGUGUCUGUUUUAUGGGUCUUGCAUAUCAUAGAACAGACUGUGUUCACUACAAAGUUGUUUGUAUUCAUCGUGCCAAGCCGGAAGUUGUGGUUAACGUUCCGGCUGAGGAUCUGUAUCACAUUAAAAUCUACUCUUCUGAUACAAGAAAAUGGAAGAUUACAGACCAAUCUCUUUAUGCACCAUAUUUUUCGGCUUUCAAAUGUGGAGUUUACUGGAAUGGAGCAAUACAUUGGGUUCCCUCUUGUCGUAACCCUAUGUACUUUAAGCUCGACACAGAACAGCUGCAAAAGUUGUCAUUACGGAUAAGAAUGGCAUCACUCGGAGACUAUCAUGACGGACCAAUGCCCAUUUACUUUGGGGAAUCUAGAGGCCAUCUUCAUUUGGUGGAGAAACCCCAUCAUGAAAAUCGCUUACAGUUGAAUGUGUAUGAGAUGUUAAAUGAUCAUUCGGGCUGGUUUGUCAAGUACCAAGUGGAUCUUGCUGAGCUUCCAGGAACUUAUCCGGGUAUGGCACAUAGCUACCUACAUCCAUCAAGCCCUCAUUAUUAUGAAUUCGAUAUCUUGGAUGUCGUUAGGGGUGAAAAGGAAGAAGAUACGUUCAUGGUGGUGAGAGUUCCCGAGAAGAUCAUAAGGUACAAUAUCAUGGACAAGAACUUCAAACAAAUAUUUGAUGCUACCAACGUUUUUUAUGGAAGAAUCAGAUCCUCUGAAGCUCAUCGUUAUAUAGAAGCCUUAACUUUAUUUUAACAAAAUAAACGCAAACCAAAUGCCCGUGUAUUACAUACUAUGCUUAUGGGAUGUGAUUUAUACACCAAAAAAAUAUCGCCUUAUGUUCUGUAUGCGUCAUCUAGUUUGGUUUAUAAUUCACCUUUGUACGUACUUAUAUACGAAUAGAAGCCUAUACGGAACCAGUCUUUAAGAUUCUGUAUCCAUACUGUAUUCUUAAUGUCUGUACUUCCAUUAAUUUCAUAUUAGCAA